AUGGGCUCCUGGCAUUGGCGCCGCGCUGGCACUUGCGCUGCUUGUUCUGAGGAGAAAGCCCCCCUUCCAACCCAUCUGUUUGCCCUGCACGGUUUUCUCUCCCCAUCUCUUUUAAUCACCGACUCGCCUCUUCGUCUCUCUCCUCGUUUGUCGAAAGCUUUUGGUGGGUUGUGUUUUUCCAACGGCGCAGCGCAUCGGUCCCCCACAGUUUCGCUUCCCUCUCACGUGUCGCUUCCAAAAGCUAUCCAGGUCCGACUACUCUGGCUUGACGGUCGGCGCGUUGCCAUCAUCGUUUCGUUGCUUAACAGCUCGACAAGCUUCAAGGAGACAAGGAACCUCACGCAAAGAAACAUCAAAGCUCUGCUUGCAGACUUGAUACCACGUCGCGAUACAUCGCAGCUUGGACUCUCCUUCCCUCCCACCUUCUCUACCUCUUUUCCAUCAUCCACCUUCUUCCUGCCCGAUAGGAGUCAUCCUGAACCCACAUCCCGAUCUUUCAACUUCACGAUCUCUGUCUACCCUACGACCUUUAUCCUGCACGAUCAAAGCCACUUCACCGAAGAGACAUUCUCUGAACCCGAUCCCGACUACGCCACUACACCAGCCCGUUUUCCUUUGAAAACCGUUGUGCCCAUCAUGUCCGCGUCGCCCACCCAACCCGCCAACUCGGCCAAGCGCCCCCUCGAGGAGACCUCGUCCCCUUCGCGUAGCAACGACCAGCCCGACGCGAAGCGCCCAGCCUUGGACAAAAUACUGAAGAGUGAUGAGGAGGUUGAGAUGGCGCAGCCACUCGACGCAACUACCAUCCCAUCCACGGAUGUGAACGGUGCCGACAAGACCAACGGCGCUGAUACAAAGUCUGAGACUGGCGCCGAAGGUUCCGAGACGAAGCCUAUCCAGAGCUCCGUUGCCGGCUCCGUUCCCGCGACCUCCACGCCCUCGGCAAGUCACGAUGAGAGAGAUUGGAUUCACAUUCGCGCUGUCAUUUCCAGCCCGGAAGCUGCCACCGUCAUUGGAAAGGGUGGAGAAAAUGUGUCAAACAUUCGCAAGAUGUCGGGUGCCAAGUGCACCGUCAGCGAUUACCAAAAGGGGGCCGUUGAGCGCAUCUUAACCGUUAGCGGCGUUGUCGAUGCUGCUGCAAAGGCCUUCGGUCUCAUCAUUCGGACUCUCAACAAUGAGCCUCUGGCCGAGCCAUCCAGUGCCCAGUCAAAGACGUACCCUCUGCGCCUGCUCAUCCCUCACAUCUUGAUCGGUUCCAUCAUCGGAAAGGGCGGCGCUCGUAUCCGCGAGAUCCAGGAGGCUUCCGGUGCAAGGCUUAACGCGUCCGACUCCUGCCUGCCUCUGUCGACCGAGCGUUCGCUGGUGGUUAUGGGUGUUGCUGACGCGGUUCACAUCGCUACAUACUACGUCGGCAGCACCCUGCUAGAGCAGCUGAAUGACCGGUUCGGUGGACCUGCUGCCUCCGCAUAUGCGACAAGGAGUGGUGGCCCCGCUGGCGUUGUCCCUGGCGGCAUGCAAGUUGUCCCAUACAGCCCGCAGCCAACCACUGGCAACUACGGUAACCGCGAUAACUACAACCGCAGACACGACGCUCGCGCCCAACAUCACGGCCUGCCAGCUGCUCCGUACGGCGCGCAGCCCUACCCUCACCAGGCAGCCCAGCCCAACCCGGCCAUGCCCAUUCACUACGGUGCGGCGCAGGCUGGCGGCUAUGGCGCCGCUGCUCCUAUGCAACCCCACGCAGGUGCUGCCAUGCCUCAACCUCACGGCGCUCACCCAGCUCAGCCCGUUCACGGAGGAGCCAUGCCAGGCGCGCCUUUGACCCAGCAGAUCUACAUCCCUAAUGAUAUGGUUGGAGCCAUCAUCGGAAAGGGCGGGCAAAAGAUCAACGAAAUACGCCAGAUCAGCGGUAGUGUGAUUAAGAUCAACGAGCCGCAAGACAACAGCAACGAACGCCUGGUCACAAUCACGGGCACAGAGGAGUGCAACAGGAUGGCGCUUUACAUGCUCUACUCUCGUCUUGUUCGGCAAACCAAAAUUUCGGGCGGAAUGGCACAGUUUCUUUUCUUUCGCGAAACAUCAUCGCCGUGUUUGGGGGAUAUCGGAUUGGUCUCUAGCGACAUCUACGCCGCGAGACCCCGGCUACAUCUGGAAAGGGGGACUGGUCUCGAUCAGCUUCGGCAGAUCAAAGCACAUCUUGACUUCCUGCCCACUCUCAUCACUAUCACCGUCGCGCGCCCCAUCGAAUAUCGUGACCCGUUCCCCAACAUCGUCCUGAUCAACUCUACCACAUACAUUCGUGCACUCUGCCCUACUACAUUCUCUCUACCUGCCUUUGGCCUCGCAUCGGACGAAGGCGGCAGUGACGAAGUUUGCUGGCUGGGGCUGAGACGCAUCCACAACUCGGAAUUCAUGAGAUGGACCAAUCCUGCCUCGGAUCAGAAGUAA